AUGGCGCCAAAUGAGAUCAGUCAAGCAGAUGUUCAACGAAAUGAACCUAACACAGAAGGUCUCGACUCCAUUACGCGUGGGCUUCCAAGCCUAGUGCGAUGGUACAUCGACAUCCGAGAAUGGGAGGUCAAUGGCCUUGAUCUUCCCCUUUUGCACACACUGCGCCCCACGGAGCAGGAAGCCGUGAAGCGAUAUCACUUCGCGGCGGACAGGCGCAUGUCGUUGGCAUCCAGUCUGUUGAAGUACCUCUAUAUCCACCAUGCCUGUGGUGUGCCUUGGAAAGAUAUUGUCAUCAGUCGAACCGCAAAGCCGGAAAAUCGCCCAUUCUAUCAAUCCAAUUCGUCAACUGAGAUCGAAUUCAAUGUCACCCAUCAAGCAUCCUUGACCGUACUCGCGGGGACAAUUGAGCCUUCUGAAGAACUGCUCAAGCGCGCUUCUUCGAGUUCACUUUCAAAGGAGCCUUCCCAGCUUGGCAUUGACAUCACUUGCGUCAACGAGCGCCGCAAUAAGGCCCCUCGAACAAUGCAUGACUUUAAAGAAUUCGUAGCCGUCUUCAGCGAAGUAUUUUCACGAACAGAACUUGCAACAAUGAAAAAUCCGAAAGAAGUUCUUCAACAAGCUCGACGUCUCGGCUACGCCAAUUCUUUUGUUCCAGAACACACCGGGGCGGACGGAACCGAAUUCCACAGUGAACGGACCAUCAUCCAAUACGGCGUGCGGUUAUUCUACUCCUACUGGGCAUUGAAGGAAGCCUACCUCAAAAUGACCGGCGACGCUCUUCUCGCCCCGUGGGUUAAGACUCUUGAAUUCAAGAACGUUUUCCCCCAGAGCCUGUGA